AUGGCGAAAGCUGAAGCGGAGUCAGCAACACCUAAUCUGUUCUUCACUUCACCAACAGCUGGUUUUGACGCCACUGCGGUGUACUCGAGCUCGUCAUCAGGCCCCGAUGACGGCCUGCUGUUCACUCUUGAUGGUGUACGCGGUGGUGACUUCAUCCACAUGACGCCUGCACCGUGCCGUGGCCUCACCCUUCUCUACGAUCCUUUUGCACCAGCUUACUAUGUUUUCAAUGCAUCCACAUGGGCAGUUACCCGAUUGCCCCCGUGCCACAAUGCGGCGUAUGUGACCGCUGGACUUGGGUUUGAUGCCCGUACGAAGAAGUACAUGGUGGUGAGGUUAUUCCUAGGGGAUUAUGGUGAUAAGCAGCAUAUUAAGUGUAAGAUAUACACGCUGGGCGGUGAUCAUGGGGAUGAUUGGAAGCCGCCUGCUGCAGGUGUACCCUUCAGAUUCUGCAGGGCUGCUCAGGCAACUAUUAGCCAUGCUAGACAUGAUAAAGUGCUGCCAGUAUUUGCAAAUGGGUUUCUGCAUUGGAUUAUCCGUCCCUCAUUUGUCGUUGAAAGGCCACGAGCUGCCAUCCUAUCCUUUUCUGUCACAGAUGAGAUCUUUGCAUGGGUCCAGUCGCCGCCGUUUGAGGUGUCAGGUGUGCAUUUGGUGGAGCUUGCUGGCCACUUGUGUAUGGUUCGGGACCUUCUUCAUGUCGGCAUGCUGGAGAUAUGGAAGCUGAAUGACUAUGGCUCUGGUGGUUGUUGUGGGUCCACGAAGAGGAUAGUCAUUGCUACAUCCAAACGCAAGAUGAUUGUCUAUGAUCCCGUGUCUCAGACUGUAGAAACUGGCACUGCGAUCAGAGAGACCCCUUCGUCUUACCAAGCUGAAAAUCUUGCUCUUACCAGCGUCUCCCUAUUUCAAGAGAGCCUUGUUCCAGUGCAUCAGACAAAUGAAGAGAGAGCCCUGUCAGCUCCUUGGCUAAAGCGACUAGGGAGAUCUUGCUCCGACUCCCUGUGGCUUAGCUUGAUUGAGGAUAACAGCUUCAUGCGCUCUUAUCACUCGCAUAACAACAUGGCCAAGAGGCCCAAGAACAUGCUUGUGGGCAAGGGCAUCACUAGGGAUCGCAUCACUAGAGGAUCCGGCUUCAGUUUUACUCCCUGCUCAAAGUUGCUCCAACGUGCUCGUAGACAUGAUAUAUGGCUUGACACAAAGGUGGUUUGCUCCAAGCCUUGCCAUGGCAUGAACCUGCUAAGCACUGAGCUGAAGGAUUAUCUCUACAACCCCUGCACAGGUUUCCGCCUUGCGUACCACAUUCGAGGGACGGCAUCCAUCCACGUGCCCCCGAACAUUCCUAGCUGGAGUAUACCAGAAGGUCAUGACCAUGCUUUCGCACUUGGCCGGAAGAAUGUUGGCCUGGGGUUCAAUCUGUCGACACAGGAUCACGUGAUUGUUGAAAUGUUUUACCACGUGAAGGACUUCAAAUCCCGUCGGUAUUUCUUGACAUGCAUGGUUUGCGAGCGUGGCCGGGGCUCCGUGCUUGACUGCUUCCCGCCACCUCUGCCUGUGAGUGACAUGCCGCCAGCCUAUCUUGCAGGAGUGCUCUACUGGAUGAGUGAUCCAAGGUUGGGCGAAAGUGACGAGAGGGCCAUGGUGUCAUUUGACAUAACAACACGUGAAUUUGUUGUCAUCCCCUGUCCGUCAUGUAUUGAUUUGUGGAACAAUGGAAGUGCUUCCAAUGCUUUUGUGGUUGAACUUGAGGGAACAUUAUGUGCUAAAAUGAUAGUGUUGUAA